CUUUCUCCCUCUCUCUCUCACUCUAUUUAUUUAUGUUUAUGUUUCCGAUACAGAUGUAACGCCUCUCCUUCUUCAACCGAUUCCAAGGAAAGAAACAAAGAAAACCGUUCUUGGGUCCUCUCUGUUAUCUUCUCUUCUCCUCUUUUCUGUUCUGUUCUGGUCUGUUCUACCAUGUCUGCUAUUCUGAGUUCGCAGGGGGUGGCUUUAGCAACGGCUAUGGCUGUUUCAGGAACAGUAAUUCUCUUCGCCUUCUGUCUCCAGAAGCCUCUCUCCACUACCCAGUUCGUUGUUGAUCAAAAUUCCGAAUCUUCGCGAAGAAUUCUACGAUCCUGCAUCUCUUCCGAUGGGAAGAAGAGAGAUAAAUCGAAGAAGAAGAAAAGGGUUCAUUUUGCGGCUGAUGUGGUUGAUCCGAUUAGGAACGGUGAGGAAUUCAGGAAGGAACAGAGCAAGAAAUCAAUGACGUCUAAUAGAAUUUGCAGGUCUCAAAGCUACAGAGUUCAAGAAAUGUCUUCAAAUCGAAUGGCUUUGUAUAAUGGAAUUCUCAGGGAUCGUGUGCAACAACAACGGAUGGGUUGCUCGUAUUAGAUCUAUCUGCAAUUGGAGUUCAUCUGUGAUUAUCAAUAUCUGUGAUUAUAGUUUCUUAACUCUCAAUUUUGUAAAAAGAUAGAAGUAGUUGAUGUUGUUGUUGUUGUUGUUGUCUGGGUCAGUUCAUCCGUUUGUGAAUAUAAUAUAAUAUAAUAAUAAUUACCUUUUUUCUGUC